AUGAAGAAAAUUCUCCUCAUCGCUCAAAACGAGACUAAAGCUCAAGAAGGUGCCGCCCUCUUCACAGGACUGACUGUCAGACAAGUAUAUCCAGGAACCAAGAGAUUCCCUAGACACUUUGAUGCAGUCGUUAUUUAUCACAACGAACCUUCUGAGACUAACCUCUUCAAGGAUGAGAUUGAGAAAUAUAGCGAUGCACCCAUCAAGGUCUUCCUCGGUAAGACUGCUCAUGAUUAGGCUGAGCACUAUCAUGCUAGAGCUUUCACCCAUGCUGAGGUCGCUGAUGCAGUUGAGCAUCUUACCAAAGAACACUCUGGUCUUGUUGAAUUGGUCACCAAAGUAUUCACCAGUUUCGAUAAAGAUGGCAGCGGAUUCAUUGAAAGAGAUGAAUUGAAAAAUGUUGCCAAAGAGCUCGGAAGACCUCUAGAUAAUGCUGAAGUUGAGGAGUGCCUUAAGGAUCUUGAUCUUAACUCAGACGGAAGAAUCUCUCUUGACGAAUUCCAAAAAUGGUGGUUAUCAGGAAGACAAGGAUUAAGCAACCUUAUGAGAGGCUUAUUAGCCAUGAAACUCAAGGCCUCUAAAUUCUUUACUGAUAUCUCAUCUCAACUCAGUGAAGUUGUCCUCGAUGCUGCCAACCAUCCAGUCGAGAUUAACACAAGUUCCAUCUCUAUCAGCUUGAACAAUGUUGAAAAUGCCGGUACUCACCUCUACACCAAAUUUAUGGUUCUUUCAAACGAGCUAAAAGAAGAGUACAACAAAAUCAGAACUAUCCACAACUUCAGUCAUGACUCAAGACCAUUCCUUGCUAAUCUAACCUUAGCAAUCAAGGACGGUAAAGCUGCUGAAGCUCAGGCUACUCUUAAUGAAGCUAUUGAAAUGUACGGACUCAAUCAAUUCCUCCAAAUCAGCGUUGUAGCUGAAGGUGCCAGCAACCUCUCAAUUGGAGUUUCACUUCCCAUGAUUCCAACUUCAAUCAUCCCACUUCCAAGUGAAGCUGUUGAUGCAAUCUAGGACAGCUUGAAAGUCAAUUAAAACGUUGAGGUCUCAGUAAGACUUAGCGCUUCUCCUUAAUCUCUCCUUUCUGAAGGUGCUGAACCACUCCUUAAGUAAAUUCUAUCAGGUCUUCAAUUGGAGGUUAGAGUUAAUCUAUGGAGAAAGAUUUCAAAUGUUCUUAUUAAGGUAAUUGAAUAAGGUGAAUUAGAUGCCUCAAUCCUUCCAAUCUUUGGUGGACUUGCCCCAGCAUUCUUACUUAGACUCAGAGGUAGCCUCGAAAUUGAUGUUGAUGAAGAAAUGCAAAAUACUCUCUUCUCUAACCCAAUGGUUGAACCAAUCCUUAUGGACGGAUUAACUCUUAUUCAUGCUCUUGGAGGAUGCACUUCAGACGAUGCUGCUGAUUACGAGGAACACUUGAACAGCCACGUUCCACCUCCUCUCUCUGCUGUUAUCAGAGUUCUCAAUCAACAUCUUGGAGAUGAAAUCUCUUUCUCUGUAGUUUCAGAUAGAGUUGGAGUUGCUGGUAGACUUAACGGAGAAGGUCUCGGACCCGCCAUCAGACAUGCUUCUAAAUUAUUCAAAUGA